CCCCGCCCUGCGGUGAUGCCCUCUGCCUCAAGUUCCCGCUCUUCCACCCGUUAUUUGGCGUCCCCGCGCUCUCCAAAAGAGUCCUUACCGCCUCGGUGUAGACCAGAGGUAGCGAAUGCAGUUAGCGCCAGAGGCCAUCCGAACCCUCCACCAGUGUCUUUCCCACCGUCUUGGUGUGCAGGGAUCGCCUGUGGUCCAGCUGCCUUCUCCACCAGAUUUUCAGCUACUGAUGUCACAAACAAAAUAUUGGUGCAUAGAGUUGAGGAAAAGACUUAAACCAGAUUUUUCUUCAAUUAGUUAAAAAUAUGGAUCCUGAAGAAGGGGGACAACCGAUUAUCAAAGUGACACCUAUUCAACAAAUGCUUGCCUCUUGCACUGGAGCUAUACUGACAUCACUAAUCGUGACACCCCUGGAUGUUGUUAAAAUUCGACUCCAAGCCCAAAACAACCCAUUUCCCAAAGGAAAAUGUUUUAUAUAUAGUAAUGGACUUAUGGAUCAUCUAUGUGUCUGUGAAGAGGAAGGCAACAAAGUAUGGUAUAAGAAGCCAGGAUAUUUCCGGGGAACAUUGGAUGCCUUUUUGAAAAUCAUCCGAAAUGAGGGCAUUAAAUCCCUGUGGAGUGGUCUUCCCCCUACCUUAGUAAUGGCAGUUCCUGCUACAGUUAUUUAUUUUACCUGCUAUGAUCAAUUAACUGCUCUCCUGAGAUCUAAAUUAGGAGAAAAUGAAAGCCGCAUACCAAUUGUUGCUGGAAUUGUGGCCAGAUUUGGUGCAGUAACUGUGAUAAGUCCAUUAGAAUUGAUAAGAACCAAAAUGCAAUCUAAGAAGUUUUCUUACAAGGAACUGCAUCAGUUUGUCAGCAAGAAAGUAUCUGAAGAUGGUUGGAUUUCCCUUUGGAGAGGCUGGAGUCCUACUGUUCUUAGAGAUGUACCGUUCUCAGCAAUGUACUGGUAUAACUAUGAAGUUUUAAAGAAGUGGUUGUGUGAGAAAUUGAGUUUACAUGAACCGACAUUUAUGAUCAACUUCACUUCAGGGGCAUUGUCUGGUUCUUUUGCAGCUGUUGUGACUUUGCCAUUUGAUGUGGUAAAAACACAAAAGCAGGCAAAACUUUGGAUGUAUGAAUGUCAUAAAAUUUCUACGCCUACGUCAACCUGGGCUAUAAUGAAGGACAUUGUUGCUAAGAAUGGGUUUCCUGGGUUAUUUACAGGCCUAAUUCCCCGUUUAAUUAAAAUUGCUCCUGCUUGUGCCAUUAUGAUCAGUUCAUAUGAAUUUGGAAAGGCUUUUUUCCAGAAACAAAACGCUCAAAGACAGCAAUACUAGUGAUGCUGUUUCAACGUGAAAUAACCAUGGCCAAAUAAUAAGAUGGAGACUCUUAGGCAAGAACAUUUAUGUCACACUAUAAUGAUUUUGUAUCUUUCCUGCCAGUAAUUGAAAUGAAUGGAAAUUUCUACCUUGAUUCUAAGUCAUAAUCCUUAUUUUAAAAUAAGUUUUCCUAUCCUAGCUUUUGAAAUAUUGAAAGAGAUGUUCCAGAAAUCACAGCCAUUGAGCUUUUUAUAAAGAAAAGAAAAAUUAUUCCUUAGUACUGGAAGCAAUAAUCUGAGUUAGGCAUUAAAGAUUAUUAUUUCUGCAAGGGGGAGUGAUUUUGCUGAUUGCAUUAAAAGUUCACCAAAGUCAAACAUGGGUGUAUAGUGAAAAACACCAUGUUUAGACUAGUAAAAAUAAUGAUUUGGCACAGCCAUAUCAUGAUUCGUGUAUCACUGUUUGUGGCGUUCUCUAGGUCACUCCAUUUGCUUGUUGUAUUAAAUUUGAUGUUAUUAAUAUUGUAUCAGUCACAGAAUAUUUCCAAAAUUUCCUUUGAUGAUAUGCAUCGCACAUUAGUAUGCUAGAACAAGAAACUAAACAGACAGCAGUUUCUUUGAAGAAAUAGCUUUUGGUCUCUACAGGCUAAUGCCUAAGUAACUUAGCUUAUGACUGUAGGACAAGAAAUGGUACUCUUUUUUUUGAAAAAGCACUUUAUUGAAGUCUAUGUGUAUUUUAUGAAAAUGUGAAGCAUUUUUACCCCUAAAAUAGGUAAUAUAUUUAGGUGAUAAAUCUCUUGUGUUCAUAGAGGAAUUAAUGUAUUUGUAUUAUAGUAGAAAGGAGCUUAAAUGUUUUACCAGGAAUAAACUAUAUAAAAUU